AUGGACCCUCUUAAAUGCGCGUUCGGUGUAACUUCAAGAAAGUUUUUUAGCUUUAUUGUAAGAAAUCGAGGGAUUGAGAUAGACCAGUCCAAGAUUGAUGCCAUCCAGAAGAUGCCAAGACCAAAGAGUUUGCAUGACCUAAGAAGUCUCCAAGGACGAUUGGCUUACAUUCAAAGCAUAAAGAAAUACUUGCUCAAUCCCGCAGUAUUAGGAGCUCCAGUACCUGGCGAGCCAUUAAUAUUGUACAUUGCUGCAGAAGAAAGGUCUCUAGGCACAUUGUUGGCGCAAGAGCAGGAGAAAGGAAAGGAACGUGCUCUCUACUAUCUAAGCAAAACUUUAGUUGGGGCCGAAGUUAACUAUUCUCCCAUUGAGAAAAUGUGCCUUGCACUUUUCUUUGCCAUCGAUAAGUUGAGGCAUUAUAUGCAGGCCUUCACGGUUCAUCUAGUAGUAAAGGCGGACCCUAUAAAGUAUGUUUUGUCUAGGCCGAUUAUCUCUGGAUGCUUAGCCAAAUGGGCGGUUAUACUCCAGCAAUAUGACAUUGUCUAUAUUUCCCAAAAGGCGAUAAAAGGACAAGCGUUGGUCGAUUUUUUGGCGUACCACCCAAUUCCUUCAAAUUGGAAGUUAAGUGAGGAUUUGCUAGAUGAUGAAGUUUUCUUCACGGAAGUGGCCUUGAUAAUUGGCCUUCAAAUGGCAUUAGAAAUCGGAGUAUCAUUCAUAGAAAUUUACGGCGAUUCAAAGUUGAUAAUCAAUCAACUCUCGCUUCAGUAUGACGUGAAACAUGAAGACUUGAAGCCAUACUUCACUUUUGCUAGACAAUUGAUGGAAAGGUUUGACAGUGUGAUGCUGGAGCAUGUCCCUAGAACAGAAAACAAAAGAGCAGACACAUUGGCAAAUUUAGCCACUGCCUUGAUCAUGCUAGAUAACGUAGCUCUAAAUAUAUCACUUUAUCAACAAUGGAUUAUGCCUCCACUUUUGCCUGAAUGUCAGGAAGCAAACCCUCCAGAGCCUCUACAUCAAACUGUGGCUUCUUGGCUGUUUGAGGCUUGGGGACUCGAUCUGGUUGGUCCUAUUACACCAAAAUCAUCAGCAGGACAUUCUUAUAUCCUUGCAGCAACAGAUUAUUUCUCAAAAUGGGCUGAGGCCAUUCCCUUGAGAGAGGCCAAGAAGGAGAACGUGGCAAAAUUUAUUCGUAGCCACAUCAUCUAUCGAUACGGUAUUCCUCACCGGAUUGUGACAGAUAAUGGAAGACAAUUCUCCAAUAGCAUGGUAGAUAAAUUAUGUGAAAAAUUCAAGUUCAAGCAAUACAAGUCAUCUAUGUACAACGCAGCUGCGAAUGGCCUAGCAGAAGCAUUCAAUAAGGCGUUAUGCAAUCUUCUAAAGAAAAUUAUUUCCAAGUCGAAGAGGGAUUGA